UUCAUUUGCCCGCCAAAUGGCUUCCAGCAUGCAGUCGUCCAGAGGGCUGCUCCUGCUCCUCCUCCUCCUCCUCGGCGUCCUGGCGGGCAGAUCCCUGGCCGAUCCCAACCGCCUCCUCCUCCAGCAGCUCCACCAGGUCGGCCUCGUCAACAUCCUAGACCAGACCGUCCGUCCCAGUGCCCCCCAGGACGGGAAGGCCUACGACUUCAUUGUGGUGGGAUCGGGGGCAGCGGGGUGCGCCGUGGCCGCCCGCCUCUCGGAGAACCCUGACUGGACGGUGGCCCUGAUCGAGGCGGGGGGCGUGGAGAACAUCGCCCACCACACCCCCGUCCUGGCCGGCUACCUGCAGGAGACCUCCUCCAACUGGGGCUACAAGUCGGUGCCCCAGAAGCUCUCCUGCCGGGGCAUGAACAACAACGAGUGCGCCCUGCCCCGCGGCAAGGUCCUCGGAGGCACCAGCUCCAUCAACUACAUGAUCUACAACCGGGGCAACCGGAGGGACUACGACGGCUGGGCGGCGGCCGGGAGCAAGGGCUGGAGCUACCAGGAGGUGCUGCCCUACUUCCUCAGGAGCGAGAACGCCCACCUGCAGGGCCUGGAGCAGUCCCCCUUCCACAACCGUAGCGGGCCCCUUAGCGUGGAGUUCGUCCGGUUCCGGACCAAGCUGGCGGACGCCUUCGUGGGCGCCUCCGUGGAGGCGGGCCUGCCCCUCACGGACUACAAUGGGGAGUCCCAGAACGGGGUCUCCUACGUCCAGGCCACCACCCGCAACGGACGACGGCACUCGGCCUACUCCGCCUACAUCCAGCCCGUGAGGGAUCUGCGUCCCAACCUGCACAUCUUCACCUUCGCGAGGGUCACCCGGGUGCUGGUGGACGCGCCCACCAAGACCGCCUACGGGGUGGAGUUCCUCCACAAGAACAAGCCCUUCGUGUUCAAGGCCCGCAAGGAGGUGAUCCUCUCGGCGGGCGCCUUCAACUCGCCCCAGAUCCUGAUGCUGUCGGGGAUCGGGCCGGAGGACAACCUGAAGGCCAUUGAGGUGCCCAUGGUCCAGAACCUGCCGGUGGGCCGGCGGCUGUUCGACCACAUGUGCCACUUCGGGCCGACCAUCGUCACCAACACCACCGGCGAGACGACCUUCACCUCCAGAGUGACACCCGCGGAGAUGGUGUCCUACCUGCUGGCGGGGAAUCCGGCCACCCGGAUGAGCUCCAUCGGCGGCGUGGAGGCGCUGGCCUUCCUCAACCUGGAGCGAUCGAAGCUGCCGAAGGACUGGCCGGACGUGGAGCUCAUCAUGGUGUCCGGGAGCCUGGCCAGCGACGAGGGCACCGGCCUCAAGCUGGGCGCCAACUUCAAGGACGAGGUCUACGACAAGGUGUACCGACCCCUGGCCCAGCAGCAGCAGGACCACUUCACCCUCCUGGUCAUGCAGUUCCACCCCAAGUCCGUGGGCCGUCUCUGGCUGCGGGACCGCAAUCCCCUGCGCUGGCCGGUGAUCGAUCCCAAGUACUUCAAGGACGAGGAGGACGUGGAGUUCCUGCUGGACGGCAUCAAGGCCAGUCUCCGGAUCCUCGAGAUGCCGGCCAUGCGGAGGAUCGGCGCCAGGCUCCUCCGGAGUCCCGUGCCCGGCUGUGAGAAGUUCGAAUUCGGCUCCGACGACUACUGGAGGUGCUCCAUCAGGACCCUGUCAUACACCCUGCACCACCAGGUGGCCACCUGCCGCAUGGGACCCGCCUCUGACCCCACCACCGUGGUGGACCCGGAGCUGAAGGUGCACGGGAUGAGGCGACUGCGGGUGGUGGACACCAGCAUCAUCCCGGAGCCGCCCACCGCCCACACCAAUGCGGCGGCCUUCAUGAUCGGUGAGAAGGCGGCGGACAUGAUCCGAAGUGAGUGGAUCUGAGGAGGAGGAGGAGGAGCCCCCUGGGAAGGUGCUCCCCAAAGGAAUAGAAGCUACAACCCCCUAGAUUACCCCCCAAUGAUAAUCUCAACCAAAAAGUAAACUAAACUCGUAAGAAA